UGGAAAACUGGGCAUUUGAGAACGCCUGAAUGAGAUACAAAACAGACAUUGGAGGGAAAUCAUAGCAGCAAAACUAAUAUGGUGAAGACACGGUGCAAAAGAAAGUUUUGGAAACUCCUCUAUGCAACAAGUUGGUAACUGGAUGAAUCCCUCUUUGUAGCAGAUUCAUGAUUCACGGCUGCGGCCAACACCCUGGUUUUCAGUGUGCUGGCUGCUUACGCCAUUCUGGCAUCAAGACAUCAGCAGGAGUCACACCAGCCAACCCAGUGAAAUCCUUUUGUGGGAUUUCUUAGCCUUAAAGCGCUGCCAGAGUGAAUGCUGAAAUCACAUACCAGCAUUUGGCUUCAGCGUGAACAGGUACUGGAAUAUAAACUGUCCACCACACAGUGCCAGGCAUUCAGCAGCUCUUGAUGACCACUUGUCAAAUACACACAUAAAUGAGCACUGGGACACCACGCCAACUGUCCUGGCACAGGGCUGAGAGGCCCCCCCGCCGGGGCCGGCUGCUGCUGGAGGCUGACCGGUCAGCCUUCUGGCUCUUGGAAGCCCUGAUCCAGACUGGGCCCCACCUGCUGCUUCAGAUGUAUGUGCUCCUCGCGUCAGACUGCACGGAUAUGGUGCCAGGCGCCCACUGGCUGGUGACGACAUUCUGGCUCAGGCACAGCAGAGUGACAUCGUGGACAGCACCUGCCACUGGCGGCGGUUCGACCUGCUCGCGGGGGCCGUGUGCAUCGUCUGCUGCCUCAGCUGCUGGGACAGCCCUUCCAGAAGCAGGAUGGCCGCGUUCUACACGGCAAGUGGGACAGUGAAUUCCAGAAUGUGCCACCAGUUCUCUGGCAUCUCCAGCUCUCAUGUUCAGCCUACAUUCCAUGAAUCUAGAAAAUGCUUUUCAUUUCUGCGAGGUGAAAAUAAUGGUCUUCUCAGGCAAUGGAAUAUUAUUAACCAGCACUAAAAAGAAAUGAGCUGUCAGGCCAUGAAGGACGCGGGGGAACCUUAAAUGCACAUCACUGAUGACAGCAGCCAGUGUGAAGAGGCCACACACUGUGUGACGCCAGCUCUAUGACAUCCUGGAAAAGGCCCAACUACGGGGACAGUAAGUCAGGAGUUGGCAGGGGCCCAGGGGGGCCCAGAGGGUUUCGGGGCAGUGAGCCUGCUCUGUGUGACACUGAUGGGGGACACACGUCAUCACACAUCUGUCUGAACCCCUAGGAUGUGCACUGCCAGACUGAUGCUGACGUAGGCGGUGGGCUCUGGGUAUUAACAGUGUUCAUUGACUGUCACAAGUAUACCCUCUGGUGGGGAUGUGGAUAAUGGGGAAGCUGUGUAUGUGCAGAAGUCAAAGGUUAUAUGUGAAAUCCCUCAACCAUCCCCUCAAUUUUGCUGUGAAUCUAAAACUGCUCUUCAAAAAAAGCCUAUUUUUUAAAACAUUUCUUCAUUAAGCUCUCUUCUCAGCCAUGGACCAAAACCUCUUCUUACCUGUCAAAAUAUUUAGUCAAGCACCUGCAUUCCCCAGGCCCUGGAGACCCAGUGUUGGAAACAUGGGGGCCCAGCUCUUGAGGACUAGCGUCAGGGGCAGCAAGUCAGACAGGAGCCCUUCUCUGCAGGCUUCAGGUGGGCCUAUCUGUGAAGCCAUUGCAGGUGCUUUGCAUAUGUUAGACUGAACCGGUGGCUUCGUUUGAAGAGCACAGAUUAAGAACAAUGUCAGUGAACAUUAUUUUUCCCAGUGGUAGGCAUAGGGGAGGUGAGUAAGCCAUGAUCUCAUGUUCCUGGCUACAUGCAAAGGCAUGUUUGAAACCCCUCAACACUGGCAGCAGUCUUGGGCAGCCCCGCACUCUCCACAAGGACGUGCCUCAGCGUGGGCCAGGAUGACACCACACCUCCUUCUGCGUCUGGCAGGUGUGUUCAGACUUUCCUAAGGCAAAUGUAAAACUCCUACGGUCUGUUUGGGCCAAAGGUGAAUACCUCACAUAGAACUUUCUUUAGGGAGAAAAAGGGUUACAGUUUUUUUUCUGGUUCAGAGAGUCCCUGACGUGCUUUUCCUUGUUUUUCUUUGUACUUGGGGAUGGCAGAAAGGAUGCAUGGCCUCCCCAUAAUCUCGGGGCGCUAUCCAGUGGACCAUGAUAUAUUUACUGAGAAAUUUUUAAUAAAUAAACCACAGCCGUGAACCCAUGUGCCCUUAUAAACCAUCCAGUUCUCAUGGGGAGAGUUCAGGAGUUUUUAUGGAGCAAUACUAUGUUCUCAUGAGAAUUUUAUUAGAAAUCAGAGACUUGAAAUGCAUCAAGCCGGAAAUUUAUGAGGUUACAUGGGAACCAUCCUGUCAUUCUGUCAUUCUGGGUUAAUUUACUUCCUCAGAUUAUGUUGAUUUGCUCUGUAAAUUUCAGUCAUGAGCACUAUUUUAAAUUUCUCAGCAAAAUCCGGGCUAGCUAAUUGAUUUCUUGAACUUUUCAGUUUCUGUUUUUAUCCUUAAAUUAAGAUAGGUUAUUAUUGAUCAUCCAUGUAAAAAAUGUCCUCAAAUUGAUUGGGACUUCAUAUUACUAGUCAGAAAUGUGUCUGAGAAGAUUUAUUUCCAAAUGCCAAGGAAU